AUGGCCCAGCAGGAGCGGGAGAAGAGCCUGGCAGAGCAGAAGGUAGCUGGCAUCUCCCAAAGGUUCUCCUUUCUGGAUGCCGACCAGCCCCGAGGUGGCGGCCUGGUCCGCAGCUCCCAUCUCUGGGCAGCCACCCUGGGGAGCAGGGAUCGAUUCCAUACACUGCAGAAGAUGGACACCAACAAAAGCAUCGACUGGGGCAGGCACAGUCUGGGGAGCUGGGGUAGGACUUCAGGCAGGUUCUCCGUUAGCCCCAGCAGCACCCGGAGGAAGGAGCUGAAGGAAAUCCUCCUGCAGAGCAACAGCCCUGGCAGCACCAUGCGGUUUGCCACUGCUCAGAAGACAUCCAGCAGCAGCAAUCUUCCUGCAGGGCUGCACCAAGAACAGAAGCCUGAGCAGAGCCCUGAUCUGCUGCCCCUUGUCCUUGAUCCCCUGGAGCACGCGUGGCUGCUGACGGUGGCCGAGGGUGAUGCAGACAGCAUCAUCAAGCUGCUGGACCUGGAUCCCAGCCUGCUGACCAGGAGAGACUUUGUGACAGGCUUCACUGCUCUCCACUGGCUUGCCAAGCAUGGCCACCAUGAAAGCUUCAUCCAAGUCAUCUCCCAUGCCCAGAAGAAAGGCUACCCUGUCAACAUGAACAUCCCCACAGCCAGCGGUGGGCUCACCCCUUUGCACCUGGCUGCCUUGCAGGGACAUGAGGUGCUCAUCAAGGUGCUGGUGGGAGCUUAUGGGGCAGACACCAGCUGCAGGGACCACAAUGGGCGCAAGGCUUGGCAGUACCUGCCAGCAGAUACUUCCAGGGACCUGAAGGAGCUGGCAGGGGCCUUGGAGGAGGACUUGGUCCAGCUGCAGUCUCACAACACCAACAACAACUGUAAGUCAUCCAGAGAGGCUGGGGCAGGGCAAGACUCUGUGGACUCCAGGGCCAAGGGAAAAGCCCAACAGUCCUGGAGCCUGUCGACCCUCCGAGGCUUUGUUAGACAGGCAUUGGCUUUCUUCCAUGAGCGCUGA